CCAGACAUCAGUUCCCAGUCGGAAUAUAACGAGAGUGCGUGUUUUUGAAUUCACUACAAAACGAUUUAAGUAAAACUGAAAAAAUGAAUUUCUUCAAAAAAUUACGCAACCGUCUGGUACCUUACCGCGUCCCGGUGAAUGCGACUCGCAGGAACAACCGUCAAGGACAGCAGAAUGCGGUAGCAGAAGUACGCGACAACUCUCUUCAGGCUGCGACUGUGGCUGAUGCUGUGACUGAGGUUGCAAAUCUGACUGCGGCUGUGGCUGAGCCUGUGGCUGAUGCUGUGACUGAGGCUGUGACUGAGGCUGUGACUGUGAGUGAGCCUGUGACUGAGGCUGUGACUGAGGCUGUGACUGUGAGUGAGCCUGUGGCUGAGGCUGUGGCUACAGCGGCUACUGUGGCUGAGGUCGAGACUGUGGCUAUGGCUGUGACUGAAGAAAAGCCGGAGACUGUGGCUGAGGCUGAAGCUGUGGCUGAGGCUGCAGCUGAAGCUGUGGCUGUGGCUGAGGCUGAAGCUGUGACUGAGGCUGUGACUGAGGACGAGCCUGUGACUGAAGUUAAGGUUGGGCCCGAGUCUGAGGCUGUGGCUGAUGGAAGAGAUGCUGCCCCUGCAGCAGGUGAAGCUAACGAAGUGAUUGAUGUGGAGUUGGUAGCCGGCACUUCGAAUUCUUCUGACCCAACUCCCACCACUAACCCGUAAUUGGACGAUCUAUUGAGGACAAGCACACACGUAAACACAAACACUGUCACCGUUAAUUGCUCACACCGCUUAAAGGAGAUUGAUUGUGUCAUAGAUGCCCCUUCGCCCCUCCACAUUUUCCACCACACACCACGGAGCAAAUCGGUGACGUCGCCGCCCAUAUGGCGUAUAUGUAUAUAUAUAGAUCGAGUAGCAUACAUAUUUAUAUAGAGAGUCUAUGAUUACACAAUAAGUCUUACCGCUAACAAUGUA